UGGAAAAUACCACAAGAACAAACAGGUCUUUCUUGGUUUAAUUUUAAUUAACGUUGGUUAUAGUGUCAUCUUAAAUGUAAUUCACUUGAACUAAGGGGUAACAUCACGCCUAAUAUCUAUAUAUAAAUCCCACAUUUAAGGUUUAUACUGUUAAAAACUUGCAUCAUGAUAGAGAGUUUAACAAUCUUAGCCUUUUCUGUCAGAUCAAGAUUUUUCCACUCACACAUUUUUAUUUUACGAGUUGAAUUAUUAAGAGCAAUGAAUAUAUGCUGUCAAGUAGAACAGGUGAUCGGCACCUUUAUUUUGAAGAGCCGAACAGUUUGCUUGUUGAUGUGAUGGGCACAGUUGCAUAUACGCCGCUUUCUCAAUUUACAAUCUUACUAAAGAAACAACGGAUGCCUAAACAAAUUUAAUCCAAAGCCCAAGUCAUUUUCUCAUCUUGGCAUCUUUUGGGAUCAUCUCGGUGUGUGUAAUUAUGUGCACAACCUCAUAGUCUCUUCAUUUCUCAGGAGGCUGAGUGUGCUCGUGGUCUCUGUGAGACUAACAGGACUGGAGAGCCAGUGAGAGUCAGGGUUUUUAUCAGCCUCACAUUGAGGGGUAUUUCUGUGAGUGUGUAUGCAUGUGUGUCAUGAUGGGUGACUUCAUUGACUUGGACAGACAGAUCGAGCAACUCAGACGCUGUGAACUUAUCAAGGAAAAUGAAGUCAAGGCGCUGUGUGCCAAAGCGAGGGAGAUUCUGGUGGAAGAGAGUAAUGUUCAGAGGGUAGAUUCUCCCGUCACGGUCUGUGGAGAUAUACAUGGGCAGUUCUAUGAUUUAAAGGAGCUAUUUAGGGUGGGGGGUGAAGUUCCAGAGACAAACUACCUCUUCAUGGGAGACUUUGUGGACAGAGGGUUUUAUAGUGUGGAGACUUUCCUGUUGCUGCUAGCAUUAAAGGUGCGAUACCCUGACCGAAUAACGCUGAUCAGAGGGAAUCACGAGUCAAGGCAGAUCACGCAAGUGUAUGGCUUUUAUGAUGAGUGUCUUAGAAAAUACGGCUCUGUUACAGUCUGGAGGUACUGCACAGAGAUCUUUGACUACCUGUCCCUCUCUGCUAUUGUUGAUGGCAAGAUAUUUUGUGUGCAUGGUGGCCUUUCUCCAUCUAUUCAAACUCUGGAUCAGAUCAGGACUAUUGACCGAAAACAGGAAGUUCCUCAUGAUGGACCCAUGUGUGACCUACUGUGGUCUGACCCAGAAGACACCACAGGGUGGGGUGUGAGUCCCAGAGGAGCUGGAUAUCUGUUUGGUAGUGAUGUGGUGGCACAGUUUAAUGCUGCCAAUGAUAUCAGCAUGAUCUGCAGAGCUCAUCAGCUGGUGAUGGAGGGCUACAAGUGGCAUUUCAAUGAGACGGUGUUAACGGUGUGGUCUGCUCCAAACUACUGUUAUAGGUGUGGUAAUGUGGCAGCCAUUUUGGAGCUCGAUGAGCAUCUCCAGAAGGAGUUUAUUAUAUUCGAAGCUGCACCUCAGGAAACCAGAGGAAUCCCCUCUAAGAAACCUGUGGCUGACUACUUCCUUUGACUUUUUUCAGUCUGGGAGAAAAAUUGGAAGCAUCAGAAGCAACCUGUAUGAACUGAUUUUUAAUUUUUUUUUUGCGCUGGCCAACUUUUAUCUGCACAACAUUCAGUACUUCUGUGAAUGGACCAGUUACAGCAUUUACUGCCUGUUUCUCAUUAGCCUUCACAUUCCUUCCUCAUUACAAAUGUAUUUCUUACAUCUUGUAAAAUGUAUUUAAACCUGUUUUGACUGUUCCCUAAUUAUGUGGUAGUUUUGUAUUUUCAAACUGGUGAUAUUUUUUCCAACAAAAAGAAUCUAAUGUGUGGGUUUAUAUAUUUGUAUUUAUAAAUCGACAAAAAUGAGCAUA